GUUCUAUUUUAUUUGUUUAUUUGUUUAUUUAUUUGUUUGUGUGCUUCUUCGUUUGCCGCUUCAUUUGCUCCCUCUGCUUCUUCGCUUUUUUGCUACCCGAUUAUCUGCUUGUGUUUGGCAAAAGCGUUGUCGUUUAGAGUCGUUCGUGCAAAAAUAUUGUUUUGCAACUUUUGUUCUUGUUCUUCCUUUUUUGUUCUACCUUUUUUGCUCUUCCUUUUUUGUUCUUCCUUUGUUGUUCUUCCUUUUUUGUUUCUACUAAGCAUUUACCGAAAAAUAUUUGCUUCAAACGUAGAGUACCAGAAGCAGUACUUCGCCCCAGUUAACGCGUUUUUACCGUUUUACCUUUACCUUUGCAUUUACAUUUACCUUGAUUUUAUGUCCCCUUUUUAUUCCGAGUUACGCGUACAAAAUGGCAAUCACAAAUGAGGAGAUGAAAACGGCGGGCAAAAUUGUGAGGCGGGUUUCAAAUAUCGAGGCUUUUGACAAAUCCGGAGCUGUGUUUAAGGGAUAUCAAAUAUGGACCGAUAUAUCUCCGGCAAUAGAGGAAAACCCAAAUAUCAUGUUUGUAAAAUGUGUUGUGCAGCAGGGAUCUAGGAGGGAGAAGUUAACCGUUGUGCAGAUUGACCCCCCCGGCUCAGGAACUCCAUACGAAAUCGACAUCAACCAUGCCUGGAACUGCAACUCGCAAGUGGACCCAAUGUCGUUUGGAGACAUCGGCUUGCUGAACCAUACCAACAUCCCGUGUGUGCUGGACUUCCUAAAACACAGAUAUUUCAAGAACCAGAUAUACACCACUGCUGUGCCCCUUAUCGUUGCCAUAAAUCCGUACAAAGAUUUAGGAAACACGACUGCUGAAUGGAUUAGAAAGUACCGUGACACGACUGACCAUACGAGACUACCACCACACAUUUUCUCCUGUGCAAGGGAAGCUCUUUCGAAUCUCCACGGUGUGAACAAAAGCCAAACGAUCAUCGUUUCGGGUGAAUCAGGUGCAGGAAAGACAGAAGCGACAAAGCAAAUUAUGAGAUAUUUUGCAUCCUCCAAAAGUGGAAAUAUGGACUUGAGCAUCCAGACAGCAAUCAUGGCAGCAAACCCAGUUCUCGAGGCCUUUGGUAAUGCGAAAACGAUUAGAAAUAAUAACUCCUCACGUUUUGGUCGUUUCAUGCAGUUGGUUAUAUCCCACGAGGGAGGAAUUCGAAACGGUUCAGUGGUUGCCUUUCUACUGGAGAAGUCCAGAAUUAUAACGCAAGACGAUAAUGAGAGGUCCUACCACAUAUUUUAUCAAUUCCUUAAGGGUGCCAGCCAAAGUAUGAGAGAGAAAUUUGGGUUGAAAGAUGUGACGAGUUACAAGUUGUUGAACCCGAACUCGACUGAAGUACCUUCUGUAGAUGAUGAAAAAGAUUUCGAAGAAGUGUUGGAGUCGCUAAAGAAUAUGCAGCUCUCGAAUGAUCAGAUUGAGUACAUAUUCUCCAUAGUAGCUGGUAUUUUAACCUUGGGAAAUGUCCGAAUGGUAGAAAAGGCAGAAAACGGAUUGAGUGACGCAGCAGCUAUUCACGAUGAAGAUAUGGAGCUGUUUAAGAAAGCAUGCGAAUUGAUGUUCUUAGAUCACGAGUUGGUUAAGAGAGAAUUACUAAUCAAAGUUACCGUUGCUGGAGGAAAUAAAAUCGAAGGUAGGUGGAAUAAAAACGAUGCUGAAGUGUUGCAGUUGUCCCUUUGCAAAGCUAUGUAUGAGAAGUUAUUCCUUUGGAUUAUCAAAAAUUUGAAUACCAGAAUUGAGCCAGAAGGUGGGUUCAAAGCGUUUAUGGGAAUGCUGGACAUUUUCGGUUUUGAGGUCUUCAAGAACAAUUCGCUGGAGCAGCUAUUCAUUAACAUCACGAAUGAAAUGCUCCAGAAGAAUUUCAUAGACAUUGUGUUUGAGCGGGAGUCCAAACUGUACAUGGAGGAGGGAAUAUCCACAGCUGAAUUGAACUAUACGAGUAACAAGCCGGUGAUUGAUCUCCUCUGUGAGAGAGGCAAAUCGGUUCUGUCCUACUUGGAAGAUCAAUGCCUUGCCCCAGGAGGAUCAGAUGAGAAAUUCGUCAGUGCUUGUAUUACCAACUUGAAGAAUAACGAACGAUUUACUCCCGCGAAAGUUGCUUCGAAUAAGAACUUCGUUAUUCAGCACACCAUUGGCCCCAUUCAGUAUUGCUCUGAUAACUUUUUGCUAAAAAAUAAAGACGUUUUGAGAGGGGAACUGGUUGAGGUAAUCAAAGGGUCGGAGAACGAAAUAGUGAGGGACUUGUUUGAAGGUCAAGUUAUAGAAAAGGGUAAAAUUGCCAAGGGGUCUCUAAUAGGAUCUCAGUUCCUUAACCAGCUGACUGCACUGAUGACAUUGAUUAACAGCACAGAGCCGCACUUCAUUCGAUGUAUCAAGCCAAAUGAGAAUAAAAAACCCCUGGAGUGGUGUGAACCCAAAAUAUUGAUACAACUUCAUGCCCUCUCCAUUUUGGAAGCCCUUGUCCUCCGUCAGUUAGGCUAUUCCUACAGAAGAACAUUUGAAGAUUUUCUAUACCAGUUCAAAUUUGUUGAUAUUGCUAUCGCGGAGGAUUCCUCGCUGGAUGCCAGGUCCAAGUGUGAGAAGCUGCUGCAGUGUUCGGGGCUAUCGGAGAAUAUGCUGAAGAUUGGAAAGACCAUGGUGUUUCUGAAGCAGGAGGGCGCCAAGUUGCUGACGACCAUCCAGAGGGAGAAGCUGGUGGAGUGGGAGAACUGCGUCAGCGUGAUCGAGGCCGCCAUCAUCAAGCACAAGUACAAGCACAAGUUAGAUGAGAACGUGCCUUCCCUCGUGCGCGUCCAGGCCCACAUACGGAAGAGGCUCGCCGUGUGA